CGCCUUUCAUUUGAUACUGUUUACUUGCAGCUACUUUGCCUCCUGCUGUUCCUGAAAUCGCUGGCGAUGACGUGCCUCUCAGACCACAUGCCUUGGUUGUCCACUCGUACAAAGUCCCGACGUUCUGUGACUUUUGUGCUGAAAUGCUGUUUGGUUUGGUCAGACAGGGCUUAAAAUGUGAAGGUUGUGGACAAAACUAUCACAAGAGGUGCAUAAUAAAAAUACCCAACAACUGUUCUUACGCUAUUCUGGACAUUGGAGAGCAAAGGCGCCGUAGAUCAUCAACGUUGCAAGUUCCUCAUAGUCCCUCAGAAACUGGUUCCACCUCCUCACUGACUUCAGUCUCUGAUGAAUCAAGUGGAAUGCAAAGCUUAAUGCAGCAACUUGGGGCAGUUACCUUAUCCGUACCAAAACAAAGCAGGUCCCCUUCCCUUGGUGGCAGACCCCCUUGGGUGGAGAAGGAAAUGGCUGCAAGGUGCCCCAUUCCACACACCUUCCUGGUUCAUAGCUACAUUCGCCCCACUCUGUGCCAGAUCUGCAAGAAGUUAUUGAAGGGUUUAUUUAAACAAGGCCUCCAAUGCAAGGAUUGCCACUACAAUGUGCACAAGAAAUGUGUUGAAAAAGUUCCCAAAGACUGCCCGGGUGAAAGCGUAAAAGAAGGAGGAGAGUAUCCAGACAGUGGAAUGGGGAGCGAGCCAGACCGUGAAAGUAGCAGGGACGGAGUUGAAGAGGACAGCGAUGCAGAAAAUGACGACACUGGAUCUGCUUCGCCCAGUGAUGCAGGGCAGAGUUCUGCCGCAGAGUCCCCAAAUGCCAAUGGACGCUAUGUUGAUCUUAUGACUGGAGAGGAAGAUGGUGAUGGUCAGCGGCCUAGGCCAGCAACGUCAUCUCCAAGUAACAACAUUCCCCUCAUGAGAAUUGUCCAAUCAGUUAAGCACACAAAACGGCGUGGAUCUAAAGUCAUUAAGGAGGGAUGGAUGGUGCAUUUCACUAAUAAAGAUCGCACGAGAAAAAGACAUUACUGGAGACUUGACAGUAAGGCUAUUACUUUGUUUCAAAGUGACACAGGGACAAAGUAUUAUCGAGAAAUUUCAUUGGCAGAAAUUUUAUCUAUUGAAACUGCUAAAUGUCUUCAAGGGGAUGCUAUGCACUGCUUUGAGUUGCACACCUCUACAACAUCAUAUUAUGUUGGAGAAGAUACAAUGUAUGCUCAAAAUGCUCGAGAUAUACCAGCAGCAGAAAGUGGUGUAGGAGCCCACAUUUCGAAAAGCUGGGAAACAAGUAUUCGUCAAGCUUUGAUGCCUGUCCUUUCAAACACAAAAGCAGACAGUCCAACUGGAGAAGCCGAGCAGUUGGAGGAAAGCGGACCCGCUGAUAUCAGUCAACUUUAUCAGAUUUUCCCUGACGAAGUGCUUGGGUCUGGCCAGUUUGGUACCGUUUAUGGUGGGGUUCACAGAAAAUCCAGUCGCACUGUAGCCAUAAAAGUCAUAGAUAAACUACGUUUCCCAACAAAGCAAGAGGCUCAGUUAAAAAAUGAAGUUUCAAUCCUUCAAAAUCUUUCUCAUGCCAGUGUUGUCAAUUUGGAAGGGAUGUUUGAGACUCCAGAGCGCAUUUUUGUUGUAAUGGAAAAGUUGAGGGGCGAUAUGCUGGAAAUGAUCCUCUCAAGUGAAAAAGGUCGUCUGAGUGAAAGGAUUACAAAAUUCCUCAUAACACAGAUAUUGGUGGCACUUAAAUAUUUGCACAGUAAAAACAUUGUGCAUUGCGAUUUGAAACCAGAAAAUGUACUUUUAAGUUCAGAUGGAAGCUUUCCUCAAGUAAAGCUUUGUGACUUUGGUUUUGCAAGAAUCAUAGGAGAAAAAUCAUUCCGGCGGUCUGUUGUCGGAACGCCAGCGUAUCUUGCCCCUGAAGUGCUGAGGAACAAAGGCUACAACCGGUCCUUGGACAUGUGGAGUGUGGGCGUGAUUGUGUAUGUCAGUCUAAGUGGCACUUUUCCAUUUAAUGAAGAUGAAGACAUCAAUGAUCAAAUUCAAAAUGCUGCUUUCAUGUAUCCCCCCAAACCAUGGAAAGAAAUAUCAUCAGAUGCUAUUGAUCUUAUUAAUAACCUACUUCAAGUUAAACAAAGAAAACGCUACACAGUGGACAAGUCACUCCUUCAUGUUUGGUUGCAGGAUUAUCAAACUUGGUGUGACCUAAGGGAUCUAGAAGGCCAAGUUGGCUACCGAUACCUUACACAUGAGUCUGAUGAUGCCCGCUGGGAUGCACUGCGACAGGAGCGAGACAAGGACUGACUGUGGUCACAAGCACUCCCAGCAGUUCAUCACUCCCCCCAGCUGAAACCAGUGGGCUGUUUGGCAGUGCUCCGUAAACCCUGGAGAUGGCGACGUCGUUCCCCUGUUGUGUUUGCAAUGGAAUCUGAAAUGCCUCCCUCCAACCUCACAUCAGGGAAACGUAAACUUCAGAUAUUAAAAGAUUUACCUCCAAAUAAUUCUUCAAAGGAAUGUAAUUCAUUGCAUCCUACAGUUGUAGUGUGUAGUUCACUUACACCAAAUAUUCCAGUGGGUUUGGCUAGUACCAACAAAAUGAGGCCAAAUAAAUUAUCUGUAAAUAUAGUAAAUCAGAACAGGAAGAAAUAUGUUAACAGUUUCCAUUAUUCUCAGAUUUCUGGGUUAACGCCCACAUCACCCUUUGAUAUUAAUGAUACUCAAUGUCAGGAGCACUUUUGAGGAUUUAAUUCUGAUGUUUUUAGUAUUGUAGACUGAAUUUGUGAAUAUUCUGUUUUUCAUUUGUGUUAUGAAUUUUAAUUUGUAAUUCGUUGAUUCAUUCCUUUAUUUAAAAAAAAUAAAAUAUGGUGAGCUAAUGUUGAUUAGUUUUGUAAGUAUCUGUGAUAACGUAAUGCUGAUACUUAAUGAUGUUUCUCCAAAGUGCAUGGAUUCAAUAAUGACUUUUGACUGCUGGCAUAUUAGAGCUAGAUUAGUGCACAAUUACUUUAAAAGCCAAUUGAGAGAUUACUUUAGUAUUUCGCUUAAGAUAAAAUGUGUUCUCAUUUCCAUGCUUCUUGUUAUCACAAAAGUAAUUACUUAAGAAAUAAAGAAAUAAAUACUAUGACAAUUUA